AUGGCUCUACCCCACCAACAUCUUACUCCCCAAGAGGUCUCGUUCAUCUGCGAGAGCGAGCUCAUCACUAUCGUUCCGCGUCAAAGACUUGGAGCAUUGAAUUUAAUAUCAAUAGACACUCGUCCCUUGGUUCCACCCCAAAGAGCAGAUGUCCCACUAUGGCUGGCCGUCUUCCUGCGAAAGCAGAAAAGAUGCAAUAUUGUUCCACCGGAUUGGCUAAGUGUGGAUUACUUGGAACGUCUUGUAAAGGAGGAAUCUGAUAGUGCUGCUUUCUCCCAAAUGCCAUGGAGAUGGAUGGAAGUUGCAGAAAUCUUGCUAGAUACAUGUUCGGAAGAUUUGAUCUCCCCGUCUGAUAUCGCACUACACAUUAGGUCGUUGCGAGAACUCAGGCAGGCGAAGAUACGAGCCGGUCUGUCAGACCAAAUGAACAGCUCUUAUAUUAAAAUCAACAACUUGGGCUUGAUGGAGGUCUGUGAGAUUAGGCCAUGGGUUGGCAAAGUAGUUGACGGUCUCAGAAAGAUUGAGGGCGAAGCCGGAUCGACUGCUGCUAGGAGGAGAAGAGAGGAUAUCGAUGCCGACGGCGAUGAGGAUAUGGACGACGAUGGCUACUGA